GAUGAAACAAAGAUAAAACAGAGACAGAGACCCUGAGAGACACUCCCAGAAACAAGGCCAGUCCCAAAAGCUGUGCCGCCCCCACACUCUCCCCAGGUCUGGGCCCUGUGCCAGGCACCUGGUGGAAGGCUGGAUCCGGCCAGGCAGGGGUCCAUGGGAGGGUGAGCUGCCUUCCUGAACAGUGUACAGGUACAGCAUACACCAUUUCAAGAGCAAGGGCAUGGAAGUGACAAGGACUCAGGCGCCUGUCCCUGGGAAUCACAAGCACAGGGCACAGGAGGGCCAGGCUAAUGGGUGUAUCACCAGGGGUGUUUUUAGAAGUGUAUUUGGAAGUCAGGAAUGUAUUUAGGAAUCCGAAGUUAUAGGGUAUGGCUUUCAGGGGGUCAUGGGCCCCAAGGCGGCCAGGGAAUUCAGAAAUGCACACCUCUGGGCCAAGGAAGCUGGACUCCAAGGACCCAAGGGCUCAGUAGGGUGCACCUGUCGGGCAGGUGUAUUGACGUGGAAACGCUAGUGCAACAAAGCUGCCAAAUUGGGCCGGCUGCGCCUGGCACGACAGCGACAGAGCUGGGGGGCUGGGUGGAGAUCUUGGGUGGGGGAAUCUGCAAAAUGAGCGGCCAUACCCACUCCUGGUAUCCGCCCAGCUCCACCCAAGACCCAAAGGGAAUCAAAUAAAGGCAAAGGGGGGCAGGCAUGGACGAUAGAGGGCACGAUGGUCACGGGAGUCACAGCGUUGCUGCUGCUGCUGGUCCUGCUGCUGGCCCUAGCCAGGCGGGGUUGGGGUGCCCAGGGCACUCAGACUCGGGGGACCCUACCCCCGGGGCCAACGCCACUCCCACUGCUGGGGAACCUGCAGCAGCUGGAGUCUGGACGUCUGGAAGGAGCGCUCAUGGAGCUCUCUGGCCGCUGGGGCCCAGUGUUCACAGUGCGGCUGGGCCGGCGUCCUGCAGUGGUGCUGUGCGGCUACUCAGCGCUGCGGGACGCAUUAGUGCUGCAGGCGGAUGCCUUUUCCGGCCGCGGGGCCAUGGCUGUCUUCCAGCGCUUCACUCGCGGAAACGGCAUCGUGUUUUCCAAUGGGCCGCGCUGGUGGACGCUGCGCAAUUUUGCACUGGGAGCACUGAAGGAGUUCGGGCUGGGAACGCGGACCAUAGAGGAGCGCAUCCUGGAGGAGGCAGCUUGUCUGCUUGGCAAAUUUCAAGCCACCAUUGGAGCGCCGUUCGACCCCCGAUGGCUACUGGAUAAUGCUGUAUCUAACGUUAUUUGUUCGGUGGUCUUCGGGAACCGCCAUGGCUAUGAGGACCCAGAGUUCCUGAGGCUCCUGGACCUCUUCCAUGACAACUUCCGCAUCAUGAGUUCCAGAUGGGGUGAGAUGUACAACAUUUUCCCCUCCCUCCUUGACUGGCUCCCAGGCGUGCACCACCGAAUCUUUCGAAACUUCACGGAGCUUCGGGUCUUCAUCUCUGAGCAAAUCAAGCAGCACCAGCAGACGCAGCAGCCUGGAGAGCCCCGCGAUUUCAUCGAUUGCUUCCUGGAUCAGAUGAGUAAGGUGCGGGUCCCUACUACCCUAAACCCCCCCCAUGCCACCCACCAGGAGGUGCCAGGCAGCCGCAACACCCAUCUCUGUCCGCAGGAACAGGAAGACCCAGAGAGCCAUUUCCAGGAGGAGAUGUUGGUGAUGACAACGCACAACCUCUUCUUCGGGGGAGAGACCACAAGCACCACUCUGUGCUAUGGGCUCCUCAUUCUGCUUAAGUACCCAGAGGUGGCAGCCAAAGUGCAGGCCGAGCUGGAUGCAGUGGUAGGGCGGACACGCACCCCAAGGCUGGAGGAACGCAAGCGCCUGCCCUACACCAACGCCGUGCUGCAUGAGAUCAGCGUGCUGCCGCUGGGGCUGCCCCGUGCCCUCACUCGGGACACCCACCUGCACGGCUACUUUUUGCCCAAGGGUACCUUUGUGAUUCCUCUGCUCAUGUCUUCACACCGGGACCCCACCCAGUUCAAAGACCCAGAAUGCUUCAACCCCACCAACUUCCUGGAUGACAAGGGCAAGUUCCAGAGCAACGAUGCCUUCAUGCCCUUUGCCCCAGGUCUGGGCCUGGAAGGGAGGGGACAAGGCUGGGCAGGCCUGGGAGGGGCGUGGUUCCCACCCUGCAUCCCCCUGUCCUCAGGAAAGCGGAUGUGUCUGGGUGCAGGCCUGGCGCGAUCAGAGAUCUUCCUCUUCUUCACCGCCAUCCUCCAGCAGUUCUGCCUGCUCCCUGUGGGCAGCCGCACCGACAUCAACCUCACCCCGCAGUGCACAGGCCUGGGCAACAUCCCCCCAGCCUUCCAGCUCCAGCUGGUGGCCCGCUGAGUCAGGCUCAGCCGCCCUCUGCUCACUGGCUCCCAGACCUCCCUACCCCCUUUGGUCAAUAAAGGCCCCGA